AAAGCCAAUCAGAAGCGUUGGGUCUCAACUAUUCUAUCAAAACUGUGAAUAGGAAGAUACGGAAUUGAAUGUUGACGAUAGGUUAUAAGAAAAGCCAUCCUACUGCUGAGAUACCAAUCUUGAGGUCUAUUGCCUCAUAAAGUCAAUUCACGAUGCUCCACUCCCGCAUCCGGGCCCUCCCCCACCGUCAUAGGCCGCCAUCUUCCUCUCCAUCAGCCCCUCCUCCUGACUUCCACGAUGAGGAUUCCAUCGAAGACGAAUCUGCUGAGGAUCUCUUCUCGGCUUUUCUCCCUCAUCUCUUCCCAGAUGAUGCUCCCUCUUUCCAUGGCGAUCCGGGACAGCACCUCCUCUACUGCUCCCCACGCUAUGGCGACCUGGAGAUCAUGGUCCCCUCUUACCCCCACCAGAGCAAAAAUCGCUCGGAAGAGAUAGCAGCAGGUCUUCCCCGUGAAGACGGGCAGUCCAACCCGGUAGAUGAAGGAAGAAAGCUGUUCGCACACUUUCUCUGGAGCGCUGCCAUUGUAGUCGCAGAGGGCGUCGAAAAGGCAGAUCAUCUGUCGUCCUUGGGACAAUUGGAUUCUGACACGGCAAUGUGGAAGGUAGCGGGGGAGAGGGUACUUGAAUUGGGUGCCGGCGCCGCAUUGCCAUCUGUGGUCUGUGCCCUUGCGCAAGCAUCUGCCGUUACAAUCACCGACCAUCCUUCUUCUCCCGCCUUUACUGGCGCCAUCGCCUUUAACGUCGAUCACAAUAUCCGUAAAUAUUCCCCCGCCGCCAAUGUCACCAUCAAACCCCAUGAGUGGGGAGCGCUCGCCAGUGAUCCCUGGGCAGUCGAGACGAAAGGCACCUAUACUCGGAUCAUCGCUGCGGACUGUUACUGGAUGCGUUCGCAGCACGAGAACCUCGUGAAUACGAUGAAAUGGUUCCUCGCGCCUGGCGGCAAAGUUUGGGUAGCUGCCUGCUUUCACACAGGGCGAGCCAUCGUGGCUGGGUUCUUUGAAACGGCCAAGGACAUGGGUCUAGAGAUUGAACAGAUCCACGAGAGGGAUCUGAUUUCAACGACAGAAGACGGGCGGGAAGUCCGUAGGGACUGGGUACCUGAGCGGGAGGGAGAAGGCCCCGAGAACCGAAAGAGAUGGUGUGUAAUCGCUCUCCUCAGGAGGAAGGGAGAGUAGGAGUAUACGGAUUCUGGUCCCCAGGGACAUGCCCUCAAACAGAUAUAUGAGUUGAGGAAUAUGCCUACAGGUCCAUACAUCAUGACUGAUGAA